CCUUCGGUCGUGAAAUUUGCGUCUACAUUAUUAUUGUAUGCCAGAAUUGCCUAACAAUUCUUUUGCCCUCUCUCUCCUUCUUUCUUACCUGGACUAAAAUUUGUGAUAUCUUGAUACUGAUACCACAUUCCAAUCCAAGAUGUCAGACCAAGAAGUUUUUGAUGCAUUGCAACAAGCACGCAAUUUGAAUGACGACCAAGCACUGCAAUUGCUCGAGUCCACUAUUCACAAAUGCGAACAAAGUAAUGUUGACUCUAAUCUUUUCUGUAAAGUCAGAAUUUUGAAAGGUGACCUUCUAUUAAAGAAAGGUGAUGUUCAGUCUGCGGUUAGCGAGUACCAAAAAGCUUCCGAGUUAGAUGAGCGUGAUGGGAAGAUCGACUCUCCAGAACUAAAGACAAAGUUAGACUCUUUGAUUAACAACGUUACCAGCCAAUUGCAAAGAAAUGUCAGCGAGAACAACACCUCUUCUAACGAGAGAGAUUUGUCUUCUUUAUUACUAGGCCAGAUUGCAGGCGCAUCAGGGUCCAAUUCCUCAAAGCUGUCUUUACUGUCUACCCUUAUGAGUUCGGGGGGUGGGAGUAGUAACAGUGGAAGCGGUGGUUUCAUGUCACUCGUCCAAAACUUAGCAUCUAGUGGCGCUAACGCCAACAGCCAGAAGGCCUCUGGAGGGUUCAAUGUUUCUUCAUUGUUAUCAAUGGCUUCCGGUUCCGGUUUAAUGGGAGGGAGUGGUAAUAACCACGGUUCUGGUCCUGUUGCGGGUGCUUCAAUGGGUUCGUUGGUUGGAAUGUUGAUGGGUUCGGGAUCUAGUCACAACAACAACAACAACAAUAAUGGUUUCAACAAUAGCAACAGUGGCUACAAUAGCGGUUACAACAACAGCAACAACAAUAACACUGGCUACAAUAAUGGCAAUUCUAACUCUCAAUUUCAAUCCCAUUCCGGCAAUAAUAACAACCAGAACAACUAUUCGAACGAAAACGGCUAUGGUCAUAAUAACUACAAUAACUCGCAAGGCGGCUUCAACAACGGAUACAAUAAUGGCGGCAACUACGGUAACAACCAGAAUAAUAACAGCAACUCUUACCCAGACCAGGUUAAUAGUUACAAUAACAGCGGUUCAGGCUACUCCCAACAACAACAAGGCGGAGGUGUUGGUGCUUCUUUAAUGCACAUGGCCGAGAAUUAUAUGAGCCAAAAUAGUGAAGGCUCCUAUGGACAUAACAGCAACCAAAAUCAUGGUGGUAAUCAAGGUUAUGGUGGUAAUCAAGGUUAUGGUGGUAAUCAAGGCUACGGUAAUGGUAAUAGCGGCAACGGUAAUUCAGGGAGUGGCACCGCUUCUACGUUGAUGAACCUAGCCAACAAAUUUCUUUAACAGGAGGAACUUAGUGUAAGAUAAUAAAUUAUAUACACAAGCGUCUGAAGUAAUCGACGACUGAGAUACAGAUAAGAAACAAACAUAAGUAUGGAUGAUGCCAAAAGUAUCCAAUAAGUAACGGUUAAUACGAAGGCAAAUAUCCAUCGCGUAGACAAUAGUCGUGGUUAACAUGCUGCAAGGGUAGGCCCCUAUUCAGGGACCUCGGACUUGCUCGAAAUUUAUUGGCGUACUUUGUAUCACAUGACCGUAAAAGCCGAUAUGUUCCUCAAACAGGCAAUAUUUGAAAGGAUCAGCUAAAAAAAAGUGAUAGCAUGUAGUGUGUCACCAUAGUGCUGGUGAGGUUUCAGCUAGUCGUAUUUAAGCAGCAAUUGGCCCACAAUUCAAG